AUGAAUGUUCCCGUGGAGAUAUUUUUCGAGAUACUCUCGCACCUGCAGCCCAUCGACCUGCUGCAGUUGUCUCGUGUCUCCCUCGAACUGCGCCAGAUGCUCCUGUCGCGGCGAAUGAAGUGGCUCUGGGUCGCCUCACUCAAGAGACUGGAGCCAGCCCCGCCGGAAUGCCCAGAAGACUUCCCCGAGCCUGCCUUUGUUUCCCUCGUCUUUGAGAAGAGUUGCAUGGCGUGUGGCGCGGGCAGGGCUCACCACAAGGUCUGCUACGCCAACAGAAUCCGAUUCUGCGGUUCGUGCUGGAAGGAGAAUGUCAAACUGGGGAUGAGGUUGGUCAAGGACCUAGGAGACAGGAAGGAAACAGAUAUUUUCUACCUGGUUCCCGAAGUGGCCCAAUAUCUACCACGGUCAGGCAACGUACUCGAGGACUUCCAUCAGCACGGCCACGAUAAGUACUACGAGCCCGAGUUUCAAAUGGUUUGGCAGGAACUGCUCGACCACCGCCGCAGUUGUCCGGCAUCCUCGCUCAACCUGUGGAUGUCACAACGCAAGACGGACACUCUUAGGAGGCUUAACUUCCAUCGCGCCAUGGGGAAGUGGGAGUUUGACUAUCAAGAAGGGAAACAUCAAGCACAGCAGACAUCCCCUGUCCUCCCGUUCAGCACUCAGUCUGCACCCACGACAGUCUGGAAGACCAUCCGCCCAGAGCUCGUGGACCUAAUCGUAUUCACCAAGAUAAUUCUACGAAAGUUCCUUCAAGCCGAUCGCGAACUCCACCCGUGGAAGCGCACGCUGCCGAGCGUCCUCGAUGCGUUCAGGCUUCCGGCGGUUCGGACGCUCAUCACGUCCGCCGAGCCGAACGUGGCGCUCACCGUGGAGGAGUGCGAAGCCGAGAUCGCGGACAAGAUGGUCGAGCACGCGAGACCCUACACCGAGAAGAUCCAGGGCGACCUCGCUAGGCUCUGGCGUGUUUUGUGCAAGGACGACGAGGACGAGCCGCCGGUGGCGACCGCGCGCGGGAAGAAUAAAGAUGGGAGGAAGGGCUCUAGAGGUAAAGGGAAAGGCAAGGAGAUCAUGGUGGUGGAGCCCGAACCUGGCGAGGUGAUCGACCCUGCGGCCGACCUCGCGCUCCUCCAGCGGCCGACCGCGCUCUUCAUGUGCAGGUCGCCUUUGGAUUGCGACCAAACUGCAUUCCCCGACUGGAUGACGUACGUCGGCGUGCUGGAGCACAUGCAGACCUGCCACCGCGGAGUCUGGAACGACAUGGAAGGCUCGUGUCUCCGGGAAAGCGUGCUCCCUGCCCACUCUCCGAUACCCGAUGAUAUGCGAUCCGUCUUGAAGGCUCUAAAACUACCUGCGGACACGGACGUGCUUCAGCUGGAGGACGUAUUGAUCGGCAUGGAGGGCUUCCAGAUACGGUGCAACUGCGUCUUCCCGCUGCUGAUGCUGGACACGCCAGGGAUCAAUUUGCUUGCCCGUUUGCUUCAUCAUGUGGGUCUCGUCCGGGCUGGGGCCGAGAAAGUAGAUCCCUCUAUUCGCAAGAUAUUCCAGAAACACCGCUUCACCAAAGUUGGACCCAAAGUUGAAACCAAAGUCGCCGACACUGACGAGACUCUUGAAUCGUCCGUUGUAUGA